UUUUUUUUGUUUGGUUUUUUGUGUUUAAAUUUUCAACAUUUCCCCGAACCGACGAACGACUGAAGGUGAUUUGUAUAGAACUGAGCAGCAGCAAGUCAGAGUCAGCCAGCUUUCCUGCUUCGGAUUUUCUCCUUUAUUUUGUCAUCUUUUUUCCUUGUUGUACUAUGUAUGGUGUGUGCGAUAUCAAACAGCGUAACACCGGUUAUGGUUCGGCUACUUCAACUAUGGCUAAUUCAGCCAAUCAUAUCACAUACCCCAGCUCACCUUCAUCUGCAACGAGUAACAACAACAAUAACAAUCCAGAAGGGGCCAAACCAAAAUCGUCGGUAUUCUGUUUACAUGGUCAGCGUCACAUAGAGGUGCGUGAUCAUUGCCAUCGUCAACGCAGCGAAGGUGUGGACGUUAAAGCACGACGUAAACUUCUCAUUGCUAGCGGUCUUUGUUUAUUUUUCAUGAUAUGCGAAAUUGUGGGUGGCAUUUGGUCAAAUAGUUUGGCAAUUGCAACAGAUGCUGCUCACUUGUUAACCGAUUUUGCCAGUUUUAUGAUAUCUUUGUUUGCCAUAUGGAUUGCGGGACGACCUUCAACACAACGCAUGUCCUUUGGCUGGUACCGUGCCGAGGUAAUAGGUGCUUUGGCAUCAGUUGUCAUGAUUUGGUUUAUCACCGCCAUUUUGGUAUGGCUGGCCAUACAACGUGUCAUAAACCAGGAUUUCGAAUUGAAUGCUCCGGUUAUGCUAAUAACGUCCGGUCUAGCUAUUUUGGUGAAUCUUAUCAUGGGUGUUCAACUUCAACAUGGCCAUAGUCACGGUGGUGGCCUAGGACACGGUCACAGCCAUGGUGGCAAAGACAAAAAGAAGAAAGGCAAAAAAUCCAAAAAUCACAUUACCGAUAUGACCCUAACCCCCACCCAAAAUAAUGGUGUGGUCGCUCGAACAAAUGGCAAUCAUUCACAUGUUGUCUGCCCAACUCCCCCCACCGAGGUGCUUGAAACUGGUGUUUCACCCGAUGCCGAAUUACCCUCAGCAGGUCUGGGGACAUUCUCCUAUCAAAAUUCUCACUCCGUUAAUGAGGUUAGAGCGGAAAUGACGGCAGUUAUGGCUGAAACUUCGGUGGGAACUCAUCAUCAUGGUGGCGAGGCAGCCAAAGAGGCGCAAAAUAUGAAUGUUCGAGCCGCUUACAUUCAUGUCUUGGGUGAUAUGGUGCAGAGUGUGGGUGUAUUUAUUGCUGCCCUGGUCAUCUAUUUCAAGCCUGAAUGGUCCUUGGCUGAUCCCAUCUGCACCUUUGUAUUUUCCAUUAUUGUAUUGUUUACCACAUUUGCCAUCAUUAAGGAUGCAUUAUUGGUGCUCAUGGAGGGUACACCAAGCUAUUUGCAUUAUGCGGAAGUUCUUAACAUAUUCCAGCAAAUCGAGGGUGUACAACGUGUUCAUAAUUUGCGUAUUUGGGCUUUGAGCAUUAAUAAAGUGGCGUUAUCUGUACACUUGGCAAUUGCUGAAGGUGCUGAACCCAAAAAAAUUAUGCAGGAAGCCACCACUGCUGUUCAUAUGCGUUACAACUUCUUUGAGACAACCAUACAAAUUGAGGAUUUCACACCCGAAAUGGAAACCUGCACGCAGUGCACAGUACCGGAAGUCUGAGGAAGGAAACGUACGGAAGCCAAAGGAUGAUGACAUCAGUCGUCGAAAGAGGACAGGGAUCGAGAUGAAUGCCAGCAUACUACGCUAUUUACCAACAGCACAAAUGCGGAUGAUGAUUUUUGCUUCUUCAACAACUUCUUACUUCAUUUUUGAAAAAAAAAA